GUAGGGAAAACACUGUACAUGAUAUUAUUUAUAAUAACAACAUGAAUUAAGAACAUUUUAAUAUGUCAAAGAACCAUUUAAUACCCCAAAAACCUGCGCAAUUCACGCCGAGUAGCAGGGGCAGGAGAGCGUGUGAUAGCCUCUACUUUGGCAGUUGCGGUGCGAACCUGACCUCUUCCCACCUCCUUACCCAAAUACAAUUUAAUUAUAUUUAACUGUGUUUAAGUUAUUUAUGUAGGUUAUUACAGAUGUAUUUAAUGCUGGACUUUUGGUUUCUUUGUAUGUAAUCAUUAUUUGUCCCACUUCAAUCCUGAAUGUAAACCGAAGAGGUCAAAGGAUGAGAAGAUCUAACGUUGAUCUGUGUUCCAAAGAAAAUUACUAGUUUUAUUGCCGUCAGAUUUCUUACUAUUUUGAAAAAAAGAAGCCUUAAGUUAUCAUUGAUUGUGUCCAUGUUAGUUGCACCUCAAAGACAGAUUUUAGGGCAGCUUCUCGAUUGCACCAAGACAUUUUUUCCAAUAUUAUUGUUAAACAUUCAAUUCUUAUUUAAGGACGAGUAGUAGUAGUUACUGAGCCAGCGAAGCCGGAGGCAUCAGUAGCCGCAAAGUGGUAACAACAAGAGGUGGACUCACUAACACCAGCAUCACACUUUGCCAGCAACAAAGUGCUCAGAUUAGGAAGCCAUAGAGAUGGAAUGUGCUUUACAGAUGUUAUUGUACUGCUGGACAGUGGCGUCAAUAAAUUGCCACAAUUUUUCUAGAUGGACUGAAAUGCUUGAUUGGUGUUACAAGAAGACAUUGUCAGCACUUGUUAUAUUUAUCUCUUUCUUGUAAAUAGGUCAAAUCUAGAAUGUGAAAUGAUGCCAUGACCACCAUGUUUCCCUGUUGGCAUGUUGUGCUCAGUUGUUGUGCCACUGGAGACAACCUGUCCAAACAUUCCUUUCUUCUACUAAAUUACAUUCCAGUGUCAUUAAACUGCAAUCUUAUCUACAUAUUGAGGGACAUGUUUAUCUCAGUUCAUGGUCACAGUUUUCAGUUUUAAAACCCUCCUCCCAAAACAGGCUUCAGUAGACCAGUGUUAUUUGGCGGCAAAUACAUUUUCUGUAACAGUGUCAUGCUGGUGUGUCCAACAUGCUAAAGAGCAGCUAGUCUGUUGCAAUGACUAUCAAAACGUACACGGACCUAUCCACUAUAGACCUGUGAUAUAUUGCCGUGUUCAAUAUAUGUUCUUUAUCGAGCAAUAAAUAUAAACCCUUUACCACUAGAGAACAAUAUGACUUAUUUACUGUGUGAUCUUAUCCGAUUUAAUCUAAUCGAUUGAUGGGUCGCAGUGUCUGAUUGCAGCCACCAGAGGGCAGUCGAGCCUCGUUUAAAUUUAGUCCACCCAGGCGGCCCAAAGGUAAAAGCGCUACCUCGCAUCAAGGUGCACUAAAGUUACUCGAGAAGUUGCUGGAAUCAUUUAUCCCAAAGUUGACUGUGUAUCAUAUUUUUUCAGCUAUUUGUCUAAAAAAAGGGAAGGAAGAAGAUGUUCAUUAUUUGCACAUAAGAAAGAGAAUCUCAGUUCGCUUUUACGUAAAUAUUACUUGUUGAGCAAAAGAGAAUAAGUACACAGAACCGUAUUUUUCCAUCUGGUAAACAGCCGUGGCCUAGAUUCUGUAAUCCAUUCAUGAAUGAAAGGAGUGUCAUGUCAACGUGUUUACUUGUGUUUUAGGGACGUCCCACCGUCUCCUUCUCCGUCCCAUCGCAUGUCAUUUCUAAACCGCUCGUAUAAAAUCUCAGGAAUUCCGUCUCUGCAGCAGAAGUGUGUCCACACUGAACAUCUAGGAAGGAUGAUGGGGAUUAUUCUGUUUCUCUUGUUUCUAGGGUUUCCUCUCGACAAGACGGAGGAGCAUGGUAUCAAUGAGCUGUACACUCUGGUAGAAAAGGGUCAACCCAUCUUUGUGGAUCCGGCUCCAAACAACCAGAGCUGGGGUUUGGUCAAAGAGCCCUCUCUGCCCAUUAAUGAGCUCCUGGAGAAGAGCAGCAAGACCGGCGAGUCCAAGUUCAGCCUGCACCCUCUUCCCUCUGCCGUCUGGCCAAAGCACAGUGACCUGGCCCCCAUCCCUCGCCACCACGGCCUCCACAACAAGAGCAAAAAGGGCCCCAAGAGUGACCGUCUGCUGGAGCACAACAGCGAGAAAACCCGAGGAGAAGUUGCCUGGCUGCUCCCCAAAACCCCGCUGACCGGAGCCACGGCCGCCGUCACCAACCGCACCGUGCAGCGGACCAACCAGGAGACCCAGUCCAACAGCACGGACGGACACCCCAACUCCAGACCCAGGGGUCCGGCCCUCGCUCAGCCUCAGCCGCACCAACCGGCCCCCUCGCCGCGCAGAGAUACCCCCAACCGACGACUGGACCAAGAGGAGAACCGGCCGGGGAAGUCCAGACUCUAUCAGUCGGGUAUUGGUGCAGCGACCCGGAACAACAGCCGCCCGCCGGUGGUCCUCAACCGGCGCUCCUCCAGCCUGCUUUACCAGUUUGACAUCUUGAGGCGAGAGUCCGACUUCACACACGAGGCCUUCUGCAUGAGCGAUUGCAGGAAGGAGAAGGAGGAGAGAGAGUAUUACUGCUACAGUGAGUUUGCUGUUAACGGGAUUGUUUACGACAUCGACGUGUUGCGUAAUGGAAUACGCAUCGUUACACUGAUGGUGAGCAGUGACGGCUUCUACAAGAUGAGUCGACUGUAUGUGACCCCAGACAGCUUCUUCUUCAAAGUUCGCCUCCUGGUCCUGGACACCUUCAAGUGCAGCAAGCCGUGCCCCGACAUCAAGCUCGGAACCCGAUACAUUAUGAUGGGCCAGAUCUACCACCGGAGGCGCCACCUUCCCAGUGACCUCCUCAACCUAUUGGGGGGUAAACUGAAGCCCGGAGACGGCCUCCUGCGAAGCAACAACUACGUCGAGAGAUUCAACAAGCGGAGGCACCAGAAAGCCCUCGAGGCCACGCGCUCCAAGUGCAGGUGAACCGAAGAGAAGACUUCCGCCUCCUGCUGCAGGGGAAGAGACACUGCAGCUCACCUGAACUGAUCACAACUAAGUAUUGUGCAAGAUGGAAGACACUUUGCAGAAGGCACGGAUCAAUUUUUUUCUAACGGACUGCCAUGACGUAUCCAAACCCUGGUUUAAUAUUUUUUACUCCUCCGUAAAGUCCCUGGAGCAUGGACUGGUGCUCUCUUUGAUAGAAAACACAAGCCACUUCAUUUAAAUGGAUUUUGCAGUAUGGUUUUGUAACGUUUGGGGUUUCAGAUGAGGGUGUCCCCACUGUCAUUUCGUAAACUCCUCAUUCGUUCAUGGCUGGUUCAUGAAGUCCCCCACGUUCAAACAUUAUAAAAGUGACUCACUUUCACAGGGCUAUUAGUUCAUAGAAUGGGUGUAUUAUGUCAUACUGAAUCAUAAGUCACGUGGGUUUGUUUGUUUUAUUCAUGUAUACUUAGCGCGCCAAUUGUUCCUGCUGAGUCCGAUCCCGCCUCUGUAAUCCUUAUCCAAGCACACAUUUGAGCGUAUUUACAGUUUAACAGUUGCACGGUACAUUUUCUGCGGGAAACCUGGAUCGCACUGUACAAAUCCAACAUUUCAGACCUGUUGAUUGCUUUGAUUCCAUUGAUGUGAAUGCAAAAUGUUGCGUGGCACCAAAAUACUGGUGUAGUAACACUCGAUCCCCUGCGUGUUGCCAAUGUGGUUGUUGUUGUUGGGGGGCAGGAAAUGCACUAUUAUUGUAACAAGGACCAAAAGGGAGCGAAUGAAGGCUUGAACAAGCGGCAACAAACCGCAGUGGAGGAGGAGGGACGGGACGGCUUAUUUUUCUAACUUUAAUUAUGUGCUCACGAUAUAAUAUGCAGACUGGGACAUCAGAAGGGGCCCUGCUGAAUGCGGAGCGGGGGUGUUGUUGUAGGGACGAGGCCAUGAGUCUAAUCGCAGGAAUCUGAUCCUCUCCACACCUGGACACACAACUUGUAGAAGUGCCUCCGCAACAGCUCCCCUUUGGGACGGCCCUCGUUUCUCUUGCUUACACACGGACACGUCGUCCCCUCGGGAGUCCCAGAACUGACAGGAUGAGAGAAAAAGAAAGACGAGGGGAAGGUGGAGGAGAAGUAAAUAAGGUUACGUAACAGGGAGGGGAUUCAAGCAGGAGGGGGCAUGUUGGGUCCGUCUUUCUAAAGGGACAGCCUGUUUAAUCAGACAUUUCUUGCUUGAUCGUAGUUCCACCCUGAGCUCAUGAAAGGGGAAACUUGCACUGAACGUUUACACUGCUUACAUGAACCCAAUAAAAAAGAAAACCUGUACUGGUUUUGUACUCAACGA